AUGAGAAAAGUUACAUCACGUUGGGUUGCUCAUCAACUUACUGACGAACAAAAACAAAAACGACUUAGAAUUUGUCGUCAAAAUUUAGAGAAAUUUAGAAAUGGAACAUGGCAUUUAUGUGAUGUUAUUACUGGUGAUGAGACAUGGAUUUAUCACAGGCAGAUUGGUCGAAAGUCAAGCAAUGCUACUUGGGUUGGCGAAAAUGAACCACCAAGAACCAUUGUUCGUCGGAAUAGAUUUGAACCUAGAACACUAUUUUGCUUCUUCUUCAAAUCCACUGGUUCUCUUCUCAUACACAAAGUAGAUAAGGGCAAGACAAUCGAUCAUGACUACUAUAUUGAUAAUUGUCUUAUACCUGUUAUCAAUGAAAUAAGAAAAAAGGAAAAGUCAUCACGUACUACAUAUAAAAUGCUUCAUGAUAAUGGUCCUCCUCAUACUCAUCCAGAUGUUAUUGAUUAUUUAAUGGAGGAAGGAAUCGAAAUCAUUCCACAUCCACCAUAUUCACCAGAUCUCGCACCGUAGAUUCUUGGCACAAUCGCAAUAUCAACAACACUGGGAACGGCAACAACUCCUAGAACUACGGCUGCAACAUCCAAAGUGACAACAACAUCUCGUGCUACGACAACAACACUCAAACCAACCACGACAUCUCAUGUUACGACAACAACACCCAAACCAACCACAACAUCUAGAGCUACGAUAACAACGCCGAGACCGACCACAACUAUACCUAGAACGACAACAACGUCUAGAACCAUGAUAACAACUCGAGCUACAACAUUAUUGACAACAACAUCAGUGACAACAUUACCUGCAGUAAUAGCAACAUCCUCAAUAACGACUCCAUCAACAACAACAGAAACAUCAUCGACAACAACAUCAUCAACAGUGGAAACAUCAACAACAACUGAGACGUCAUCGACUACAACGGAACCAUCAACAACAGCAGAAACAUCAUCGACAAUGACGUCAUCAACAAUAUCCUCAACAGAAUCAUCCACAUUAUUAUCAACAACCUCAACUGAAAUGACAACCAUAGGUAUGUUUGUUGGAAAGGGAAAUUAUUUGAUGAUCAGAGUAUGUUAG